GUCCACGUGGCAGAGUCGGACUCUUUCAAGAGCCCCUUUUGAAACGCACCUCGUGUUGUUGCAAUACCAACAGCGGCCAUUGGGUGGCAGUAUGGGACCGCGACGGGUCGCCACAGGUCGAGGAGGAGGAGAAGAAGAAGAAGGAGGCGGAGGCGGUGGAGCGCUGUCAUGGCGGCCAAGGUGGCGAUGGUGGCUGUCCCAACAGUGCUGGGUUUCGCCUCCAUCAGAGUUUAUACUGUCAGUCAGACACCCACCAACUUCCAGUCAACGCGAGAGCAGCUGAACGUCUACACACCCCUGCCGUGGUCCACUCAGUCUCAUGGAGUGUCGCAGCAGCCCGGCAUCAUUGAGAGCAGUGUCACCUCUGCGAGACAUGGAGUCUUGCCUUUCGUUCACGCAGUGAAGGGGGCUUGUGUCUCUGUGAAGAAGGGGGGUAUAAAUCUAUACCAUGCCGGACAGGAUGUGUACUAUUACUUGAAAGACCCGCCUCCGGGUUUCCUUCCCAGAUCUGGUACCAUCGCCAUGGCUGGCCUUCUUGGCAUGUUCUUGGCACGGAAAGGUUCUCGCUUGAAGAGGUUGGCGCUUCCUUUGGGCCUGAUGACGGCGGGAGCCACUCUGUGCUACCCGGCUCAAGCAGUGGCUGUGUUUAAGGUAACAGGCAAGACGGCGUACGCUGCUGGUCGAUGGAGCAGCUCGACGGUGUCUUCGCUGUUCAGCUCCAAGGCCCCUGGAGCUCCAGACGCCGCCGCUGCUGCACUAGUCCCAGUGAACGGCAGUCUUCGACAUUCUGAGCGUCAGGCAUCAGAAGUGCCGGACACCGCCGCGGCUGAGGAGGCUCAGCCCGCUGCUUGUCACGCCUCAGAGCCCAGCGCCGCCUCAGAAGAGUCCACUCAGAGUGCUGAAGUCUCCAAGACUGAAGCAGCCGAGUCUCUCCCAGUCUCCCCAGAGCUCAUCAUCGCGGCCGCUGAGGAGACUUCAGCGCAGGAGUCGCCUGACCACACCCUUACUGAGGCACUGUCAGCUGAGACAAGUUCUCCCGGUGAGGAUGUCAGGCUUGAAAGUCGCUCAUUAUCAGAGCACGUCUCUGCUGCUGUCAGUCCGGAUGAACCCACGUUACACUUGGAUCCGGAGACAGGAGAGGUGGCCCUGGCUGAGGAAGCCCCCCCCCCGACCCCCAUGCAGCUGGAAGCUCCGGCUAUUCAACCAGAACCGGAGUCGUCGGACAAUUCAGCUGCCGCAGCAGAGGUGGAGACCACGACACCGUCACACUCGUCACCUCCUGUUGAGCAGCCAGGGGCCGAUAACAGCAAAGCUCGACUGGUCUAAGGAUGGAAGGUGGUGUCAUGACCCCCCGCUCCUCUGCUGCACCUGUAAGUGAAACAUCGGCUUCCCGGUGAGCCGCCACAGCUUUUCAACAGCUGUCCGCAGGAUGACGAGAGCUCCUCCGGGGGGCGCUAUUCUCCUGUGCCUGGUCAGGUUGCUGCUGUCCUCCUGACCUGUCGAACAUGUACAGUGCUUUGGUUUGUCUGAGCAACACAGCACCAACAUGGGAUCGUGUUCACAUUGUCUCAUCGCACACCUCUGCCUCUCCUUUCUCCCCGCCUCUGCUAUUCCCAGAAACUGGCUGACUCAGCAGAUGAAGGGGACACAAUCUUGCCAGAAAGCCUGUCAGCUAAGAGCUUCACUUAUGUUUUCACUGCGCACCCUUCUUCCUCCCGCGUUAUUAAUGGCCACAGUUUCGCCUGGAAACAGCUCAACAGGCGACUUUGGGCGUCCUAAUGGGUUUUUGCACAGAGAGGAAGCCAACAGUGGAGUGAACAAUGUGUCGAGAAAGUUGCCAAGACUUCACAAUCAUGUAUGACGAGGCUCUGAGAAGUGGUCUAUCCGUGGUUUCAUUAUUGUAGUUGCUUUCACUGUGAUGCCGUUCCUCGUGAAAGAAUCUGCUGUCAAUGUGGGCCGGCACUGCUUCAGUCUUGGUUUUGAUCAGGCAGCCGUGUCAGGAAGAAGCCCUACAUGAAGUGCAAUAGCCAAGUCAAUAGAUUAUAUUAAAGUCAUGGAUUAUUUAAAAGGCUGAAAAAAAUAUAUGAUGACAUGUCAUAUCCAUGUAUAAAUUAGGUUUUUUUUCUUUAAUGCAUAGAUUUACAAUACAUAGAUAAAACAAAUGUGUAAAGUAAUAAUUUAUUAUAAAUAUAAUUAUAUAUAAAUAUGAACACAUUAUAUUUAUAGCUGUAAGAUCAAAUAAAUGGGUGCAUGUAGAUAAAACAACUGGUAAUUAGAAUUAAAAUAAAAAUGAGCUCAUGAAUAUCCAGUAAACCAAUUAAAUUAAUUACAAACGUAUGAAUCUUAAAAAUAAAACAAUAUAUAAUUUACAUCGUUGAAUAUAAAAAUCUUCUGAAAUAUGAAUCAUUGAAGACAAAUGCAAUAUUAAAUAAAUGAAUCAAUGAUUGGGAUGAAAAUAAAUGAAUGCAUCAUUUCAUGCCUUAACACAUUUUUAUUGUCCAAUAUGCAUUUUUUUUUUCCAUUUAAACCUAUCCACAUACUACAUCUGUCAUUCACUGUGUCUAAAGUGAAAGCAAAUGCAGCAAACCUAAGUUCACUGCUACUGUCCUGUUUCAGUUUCACAUCUCAGCUUCAUGAGGUUCUGCUGGUUGCAUGAGCUGAAAAAAAAAAAAAAGCGGAAUAAUGAAUCUAUCACUAUCGCUCUGUGUGCAAGAAGAAAGCGAGACCAUUCUGCCUCACAGGAAACACUCGACAUGAAAAUCACGUCCUGCUCCGCGCGGCCUGAGAACGCGCCCUCUGCCACAGCAUGUUUUUGCUUAUUUUCGCCAGCUUGCCGAGCAGGACGCGGGUAUCUUCAAACAUCUUUGUGGUAUUUUUACUGCUCCUCCGAGGGACCGGACCUCAUAAACUCUGCAUGAGGUCGGACCAAGUCAUGGCCCCCGGGACCCGCUGUGUGUGUUUGCUCACACAAGUCUCAUGGAGGAAGUGGACAGUGUCAGAUCGAUUGCAGGUUAACGCUGAGGUCUGGAACAGACCAGAACUGGGAUCAUCUCUUUUAUUUUUGCGCUUAUUUAAGAGACAUUUCAAACAGUAUGAUGUCUUUUAAAUUCAAAUGAUUUUGUUCGAAUAAAGAUGGGUGUCUCCAAAAGAAAGAAGAACUUGUUAGAAGUUUACAGAGCGAGAACAGUGCCCUGAGGUGUCCCUGUCGUGGUGGCGUCCGAAACACAUGCGAGCUCAAGUGUGCUUUUUAUUCAGAACCGUGG